AUGGCUGAUAAUACAUCUCCUCCAAUCGCACCCGCUGAAUCUCCUUCCAUUGGUGACUUUGGGAUGGCAACCGUCGGCCUCGGAUUGGGUGUUGCUGGGUUGGGCAUAUCGAUGCUGCCGAACAUAGCGUGUACCAGGGUCGAAGCCAUGUACAAGCCAGUGAGCCAGCCGGCAACCCAGCCAGCCAAAUCACGCGCCAGCUGGGACAAUAUCAAGCUCUACCUCAGCAAAGACAUAUUCAAGCCGAUUCUCAGGCUGGCCGUCAGCCGCAUAGCAUCCGAGCGUCUCUUCGCCUUGGCGGACUACGGGCUUGCUCUGGCCCUCUCCCCAAUCCUCCCAUACGGCAGGCUCAACGUCAGUAUCGGUCCAACCUCCAUCCUGCUAGCCUACGCGCCAGGUGCAUUCGCCGUGUCUUUCGCUGCUACUCUCGCUCUCGACACCAUCUUCCUUCCUUUCAAGGUGGCUAUGACCCGCGCCGCUCUCCUCCCAAGCAGCUCGUCGUCCUGGGACCUUUUUUCCGCGAGCGAGAGACGCGACCCGACGCAGCUCUACGCUCACCUCCUCCCAUCCCUCUUCCAAACCAGCGCUAUCAGCACGGGCACCAGCCUCCUCUCCUCUGCGAUCCUCGCCCUCCUCCCCCCAGACAGCUUCCUUGGGCUGCCUGUUAGAUUCGCAGGCAUCGUCGUCAACCUCACCCAGUCUCUCGUUAUGGCUAGGCUGUGCGCGCAGUACACGGGUAAAGAUGAGCAGAUGGACUCAGUCGUCCCUCUCCGCCCUCAACCGUACACAGGCUGGUUCCAGUGCCUCAGAACUACCAUCGCUGAAGAAGGCUGGUGGUUCGCUGGCUGGGUCACCAUCAACUCGGCUCUCGGUCUCGGUAUGGUGGAGGUGUUGACCCAGACGCAGCAAAGUGUGGAAGCCUCGCAGUAG